GUCACAUUAUCGCCAUUUUUUAGUCUGGCUCGAUUUUCAAAAUACUUGAGAAAUGGAUAAUAAAGAGAGUGUUUUAGAUGCUUUAACUGAAUUUGACAGAAAACCAACAAAAGAAAUUACGCCGAUCUUGGACGAAUAUUUGAAAAGCAUUGCUAAAACCGGGAACACACUAUUCCCAUGGCUGAAACUGAAACCUUUGUUUUUGUACAAGAUGGAGGAAUCCAUGACAAAGUUUCACCAAGAUGUCCCGAUGGAGAAUGUGACACCCUGUCCCAAUGUUGAAAACGUCAAGUUCACAGAAAUUAAAGAAAGGCUCAUCAAUGCGGUCAACAAUUUUAAUGGGGCCCCGUUCACGAUUCAAAGGUUGUGUGAACUGGUGACCAAUCCUAAACAACAUUACAAAAGACCCGACAAGUUUGUACGAGGCAUAGAGAAGAAUAUCAAUGUUGUCAGCUCUGUGGAUCCAUCAGGAAAUAAAAUUGUGAAUGAAUCAAAGAUAUCACUGGUGAAUGGUUUGGAUAAUGGGCAUCCAGAUGACUCCACAUCAAAUAACAAUGGUGUACAUAGUCAACAGCUAGCCCCCUUCAAUUCACCUGGCUGGUUUAACACUGCAACUACAGCAACUUGGGGACCUGAAACUAGCUCACCUAUAGACCCUAUGAAGGGUAAGGAGCAAGAUGACAAUGAUGACAGACAUGACCACAGUAGUGAUAGUUCUACUAGCAGCAUGGAGUCAGAGAGUAGCGAGGACAGUGAAGACUCCAACAAAGACAGUGACACUGUUCUACAGUCUAACAAUACAGACUCUAAGGCACCUUCAAAUGCAACAGUCACAAAGGACUCUGAUGCUGGAGGUGAUGCGCAAACAACAGCGAAGCCAAGUAAUUCUGAAAAUGGGAGUGAAGCACGAUUGACUGAAAAACCAAAUGACAAUGGAACAGGGGGUGGUGUAGGAUUAACUGAAAAGCCAAAUGAAGUUAAAACUGGGGGAGGAGAGCGGUUAGCUGAAAAGCCAGAUGACAUUGAGCUGGAAGCUGAAGCUCGGUUGACAGACACAAUCCCCUCUGGACCUGAGACCUCGGAUCAACAUGAAGCUGAUACUAAAGAAACGGAUGUAGAUAAGCAUAAAGAAAGUGGUGAGGAAAAAGAGAUUAACUCUACUGAAGCUGGGGACAAUAAAAAUAUAGCUCCUGGGGAACCAGACCCUGUAUCAGUACAAGCAGACUCCACAGACAAUCUAGACAGUUCAACUGAAGAAACUUCUGAGGAUAGUAAAGCCAAUACUACUCAGCCAUUUGUUCCUUCAACUACAACCUCCAUUGAUAGUUCUUCAGUCACACCUUCACAAACGGACCAAUCAGAAACACCCUCACAAACAACUCACCAAUCAGAGCCAGUGUCUCAAACAGAGGUAGACAGUAGUGUUGACCAAUUAGACUCAGUGUUACUAGAUGAGAACAGCACUGGCUUUGAUCCUGUUGAUCCUGGGAAGAUUGAUAAUGUAAACAUCACAUCAGCAGCUUCAACAUUUGCACCAGAACUGGUGACAUCAUCAGACGAGACUGAGAAAAUAGAAAAAGCAGAAAUAGACCAAUCAAACACAGGAGAAAACAAUGAAAUCACAUGCUCAGAAUCCAAUUUAGAACCAUCCUCGGCUAAAAUUCCACGCAUUUCAAAUACAGAAGAAACUGAGACAGUAUCAGAUUCUACUGUCCCCACCCCUGAUACCUCAACAAACACGCCCUUAAUAGAGCCUGUCUCUGAUAGUGCUGGUGUGGGCAAUACUCUACCCACGGAACCCCAUGGGGACCCUAAAGAGGUCUCUCCCCUCCCUACAGAGCAAUCCAUGACUACUGAGCCAGAUUGUAACAUGGAGACAACCUCUUCACCUCUAGGAGAAACAGACAAACAGCCCCCCACCAUAAUGGACCAAUCAGAAUCUGCGGCUGCUGAGACAGAGCAGAACUUAGAGCCGAUGGAUGUCGAUGAGUGAUCAGUUAGUUUUAUUGUACUUAAAAUAAAUUAUGACAGUGUUUUAUUAUUGGAGUAGAGUAUGAAAUGAUGGGGCAAGAUAGCGUUUAAAAACCCAAGCUUUAACAGAUUGUGUUUAAUCACACAUGGAAAGUUGGUGUUCUUAAUGUCUGGAACAUUCAAUAAAGCUGACAUGAAGGCCUCGACUAUCUGGAUAUAUAGGAUGAUAUUAUGCCUUGAGUAUAUGAAAAAUAUGACAUUGAUGCCUUGAGUAUAUGAAAAAUAUGACAUUGGUGCAUUGAGUAUAUGAAAAAUAUGACA